GUCCAUCGAUAGCAAAGCCAUCGUGGAUGGGAACCUGAAGCUCAUCUUGGGCCUGGUGUGGACACUGAUCCUCCACUACUCUAUUUCCAUGCCCGUGUGGGAGGAUGAAGGGGAUGAUGAUGCCAAGAAGCAGACACCAAAGCAGAGGCUGCUGGGGUGGAUUCAGAACAAGAUCCCCUACUUGCCCAUCACCAACUUUAACCAGAACUGGCAGGAUGGCAAGGCUCUGGGGGCCUUAGUGGACAGCUGUGCUCCGGGUCUGUGCCCAGACUGGGAAUCGUGGGAUCCACGAAAGCCUGUGGAUAAUGCGCGGGAAGCUAUGCAGCAAGCAGACGACUGGCUGGGGGUCCCACAGGUCAUCACUCCUGAAGAAAUUAUUCAUCCAGAUGUGGAUGAGCACUCGGUGAUGACUUACCUGUCCCAGUUCCCCAAAGCCAAGCUCAAGCCCGGGGCUCCUCUUAAACCCAAACUCAACCCGAAGAAAGCCAGGGCCUAUGGCCGAGGAAUCGAGCCUACAGGAAACAUGGUGAAGCAGCCAGCCAAGUUCACUGUGGACACCAUCAGUGCUGGGCAAGGAGACGUGAUGGUGUUUGUUGAGGACCCAGAAGGGAACAAAGAAGAGGCACAAGUGACCCCGGAUAGUGACAAGAACAAGACAUAUUCUGUGGAGUAUCUGCCCAAGGUCACCGGGUUGCACAAAGUUACAGUCCUCUUUGCAGGACAGCACAUCUCCAAGAGCCCAUUUGAAGUGAAUGUCGACAAGGCACAGGGAGAUGCCAGUAAAGUCACUGCAAAAGGCCCAGGCUUGGAAGCUGCCGGAAACAUCGCCAAUAAGCCCACCUACUUCGAUAUCUACACAGCAGGUGCUGGUGUGGGGGACAUUGGUGUUGAGGUGGAGGAUCCCCAGGGGAAGAACACUGUGGAAUUGCUGGUGGAAGACAAAGGAAACCAGGUGUAUCGGUGUGUGUACAAACCAGUGCAGCCCGGCCCGCACGUGGUCAAGGUCUCCUUCGCGGGGGACACCAUUCCCAAGAGUCCCUUCGUCGUGCAGGUCGGGGAAGCCUGUAGUCCAAACGCUUGCCGGACCAGUGGCCGAGGCUUGCAGCCCAAAGGUGUCCGCAUCCGGGAGACUGCAGACUUCAAGGUUGAUACCAAGGCUGCUGGAAGCGGGGAACUUGCUGUCACCGUGAAGGGUCCUAAGGGCCUGGAGGAGCUGGUAAAACAGAAAGGCUUUCUGGAGGGAGUCUAUGCAUUCGAGUAUUACCCCAGCACCCCGGGGAAAUACAGCAUCGCCAUCACGUGGGGGGGACACCACAUUCCAAAGAGCCCCUUUGAGGUUCAAGUUGGCCCUGAAGCAGGCAUGCAGAAAGUUCGUGCGUGGGGCCCUGGCCUCCACAGCGGGAUUGUCGGGCGGUCGGCAGACUUCGUGGUGGAGUCCAUUGGCUCUGAAGUGGGGUCUCUGGGGUUUGCCAUUGAAGGCCCCUCCCAGGCAAAGAUUGAGUAUGAUGACCAGAACGAUGGGUCAUGUGAUGUCAAGUACUGGCCCAAGGAGCCUGGUGAGUAUGCCGUUCACAUCAUGUGUGAUGACGAAGACAUCAAGGACAGCCCAUACAUGGCCUUCAUCCACCCGGCCGCGGGAGACUACAACCCGGAUUUGGUCCAAGCAUACGGGCCAGGUUUGGAGAAAUCUGGGUGCAUUGUCAACAACCUAUGUGAGUUCACCGUGGAUCCUAAGGAUGCUGGAAAAGCCCCCUUGAAGAUAUUUGCUCAGGAUGGGGAAGGCCAGCCCAUUGACAUCCAGAUGAAGAGCCGGAUGGACGGCACGUACGCCUGCUCGUACACCCCGGUUAAGGCCAUCAAGCACACCAUUGCUGUGGUCUGGGGAGGUGUGAACAUCCCACGCAGCCCCUACAGGGUCAGUAUCGGGCAGGGUAGCCAUCCCCAGAAGGUCAAGGUGUUUGGGCCGGGUGUGGAGCGAAGUGGACUGAAGGCAAAUGAGCCUACUCAUUUCACGGUGGACUGUACUGAGGCUGGGGAAGGUGAUGUCAGCGUUGGCAUUAAAUGUGAUGCCCGGGUGUUAAGUGAGGAUGAGGAAGACGUGGACUUUGACAUUAUUCACAACGCCAACGACACGUUCACGGUCAAAUAUGUGCCUCCUGCUGCCGGGCGAUACACUAUCAAAGUUCUCUUUGCAUCUCAGGAAAUCCCCGCCAGCCCUUUCAGAGUGAAAGUUGACCCUUCCCAUGAUGCCAGCAAAGUGAAGGCAGAAGGCCCAGGGCUCAGCAAAGCAGGUGUGGAAAACGGGAAACCAACCCACUUCACGGUCUACACCAAAGGGGCCGGAAAAGCCCCAUUGAACGUGCAGUUCAGUAGCCCCCUUCCUGGAGAUGCUGUGAAGGACUUGGAUAUCAUCGACAAUUAUGACUACUCCCACACCGUCAAAUACACACCCACCCAGCAGGGCUCUAUGCAGGUGCUGGUGACCUAUGGCGGCGACCCCAUCCCUAAAAGCCCUUUCACUGUGGGCGUGGCCGCUCCAUUGGAUUUGAGCAAGAUCAAGAUUAAUGGACUGGAAAACAGAGUCGAAGUUGGGAAGGGUCAGGAGUUCGCCAUCGACACAAAGGGAGCAGGAGGCCAGGGGAAGUUGGAUGUGACGAUCCUAAGCCCCUCGAGGAAGGUUGUGCCUUGUAUGGUGGCGCCCGUGGUGGGCCGGGAGAGCAGCACAGCCAAGUUCAUCCCUCGGGAGGAGGGGCUCUAUGCUGUCGACGUCACCUACGAUGGACACCCCGUGCCUGGGAGCCCCUACACAGUGGAGGCCUCACUGCCACCAGAUCCCACCAAGGUGAAGGCCUAUGGCCCUGGCCUUGAAGGUGGUCUCGUGGGCAAGCCCGCCGAGUUCACCAUCGACACCAAAGGAGCAGGCACUGGAGGUCUGGGCCUCACCGUGGAAGGUCCAUGCGAGGCCAAAAUCGAAUGCUCUGACAAUGGGGAUGGCACCUGCUCCGUCUCUUACUUGCCCACAAAGCCUGGGGAGUACUUUGUCAACAUCCUCUUUGAAGAAGUCCACAUACCUGGUUCUCCCUUCAAAGCCGACAUUGAAAUGCCUUUCGACCCCUCUAAAGUCGUGGCGUCGGGACCGGGUCUCCAGCACGGGAAGGUGGGCGAAGCCGGGCUGCUGAGCGUGGACUGUUCGGAAGCAGGCCCCGGGGCCCUGGGCCUGGAAGCCGUCUCAGACUCGGGAGCGAAAGCCGAAGUCUGUAUUGAAAACAACAAAGACGGCACCUACGCGGUGACCUACGUGCCCCUGACCGCCGGCAUGUACACUCUGACCAUGAAGUAUGGCGGUGAGCCGGUGCCCCACUUCCCCACCAGGGUCAAGGUGGAUCCCGCCAUCGACACCAGCAGGGUCAAAGUCUUUGGGCCAGGAAUAGAAGGAAAAGAUGUGUUUCGUGAAGCCACCACUGACUUCACAGUCGAUUCACGGCCCCUGACACAGGUGGGGGGCGACCACAUCAAAGCCCACGUUGCCAACCCCUCGGGGGCCUCUACCGAGUGCUUCGUCACGGACAACGCCGACGGGACCUACCAGGUGGAGUACACACCCUUCGAGAAAGGUCUCCACAUAGUGGAGGUGACGUACGAUGACGUACCCAUCCCAAAUAGUCCCUUCAAAGUGGCUGUAACCGAAGGCUGUCAGCCGUCUCGGGUUCAGGCCCAAGGACCCGGACUGAAAGAGGCCUUUACCAAUAAACCCAAUGUCUUCACAGUAGUUACCAGAGGGGCAGGCAUUGGUGGGCUCGGCAUAACCGUCGAGGGACCAUCAGAGUCCAAGAUCAACUGCAGAGAUAACAAAGAUGGAAGCUGUAGCGCUGAGUACAUCCCCUUUGCUCCGGGGGAUUACGACGUUAACAUCACAUAUGGAGGAGCCCACAUCCCUGGCAGUCCCUUCAGAGUUCCUGUGAAGGAUGUCGUGGACCCUAGCAAGGUCAAGGUUGCUGGCCCUGGGCUGGGCUCUGGUGUCCGAGCCCGCAUCUCACAGUCCUUUACAGUGGACAGCAGCAAGGCCGGCCUGGCUCCUCUGGAAGUGAGGGUCCUGGGCCCACGAGCUGAUGAGAUGGAUUCCCAGUCUUGGCGCAGCCCCUUGAAAGCCAUUUCAGAGUUCUUUAAAGGUGACCCGAAGGGUGACUUUAUGGAGACAGGCCUGGUGGAGCCGGUGAAUGUAGUGGACAAUGGGGAUGGCACACAUACGGUGACCUACACGCCAUCCCAGGAGGGGCCUUACAUGGUCUCAGUAAAAUAUGCUGAUGAAGAGAUACCUCGUAGUCCCUUCAAGGUCAAGGUCCUUCCCACAUAUGAUGCCAGCAAAGUGACGGCCAGUGGCCCUGGCCUCAGUUCCUAUGGCGUGCCUGCCAGUCUGCCUGUGGAGUUUGCAAUUGACGCCAGAGAUGCUGGGGAAGGCCUGCUUGCUGUUCAGAUCACGGACCAAGAGGGAAAACCCAAAAGAGCCAUCGUCCAUGACAAUGAAGAUGGCACAUACGCCGUCACCUACAUCCCUGACAAGACUGGACGCUAUAUGAUUGGGGUCACCUACGGGGGGGAUGACAUCCCAUUGUCUCCCUACCGCAUCCGGGCCACACAGACGGGAGAUGCCAGCAAGUGCCUGGCCACGGGUCCUGGAAUUGCCUCCACCGUGAAAACCGGCGAGGAAGUGGGAUUUGUGGUGGAUGCCAAGACCGCUGGGAAAGGGAAGGUGACCUGCACGGUUCUGACCCCCGACGGCACCGAGGCUGAAGCCGACGUCAUUGAGAAUGAGGAUGGCACCUACGACAUCUUUUAUACAGCCGCCAAGCCAGGCACCUACGUCAUCUACGUGCGCUUUGGCGGCGUCGAUAUCCCCAACAGCCCCUUCACUGUCAUGGCCACGGAUGGGGAAGUCGAGGCUGUGGAGGAGGCUCCGGUAAAUGCCUGUUCCCCCGGAUUCAGGCCCUGGGUGACCGAAGAGGCCUAUGUCCCCGUGAGUGACAUGAACGGCCUGGGGUUCAAGCCUUUCGACUUGGUCAUUCCGUUUGCGGUUAGGAAAGGGGAAAUCACCGGAGAGGUCCACAUGCCUUCCGGGAAGACGGCCACACCUGAGAUUGUGGACAACAAGGAUGGCACGGUCACGGUCAGAUACGCCCCCACUGAGGUCGGGCUGCAUGAAAUGCACAUCAAAUAUAUGGGCAGCCACAUCCCUGAAAGCCCGCUCCAGUUCUAUGUGAACUACCCAAACAGCGGGAGCGUUUCUGCAUAUGGUCCUGGCCUGGUGUAUGGAGUGGCCAACAAAACCGCCACCUUCACCAUCGUCACCGAGGAUGCAGGAGAAGGUGGCCUAGACUUGGCUAUCGAGGGUCCCUCCAAGGCUGAAAUCAGCUGCAUUGACAACAAAGAUGGGACAUGCACAGUGACCUAUCUGCCUACCCUGCCAGGGGACUACAGCAUUCUGGUCAAGUACAAUGACAAGCACAUCCCUGGCAGCCCCUUCACAGCCAAGAUCACAGACGACAGCAGACGCUGCUCUCAGGUGAAGCUGGGCUCUGCCGCGGACUUCCUGCUCGACAUCAGCGAGACAGACCUGAGCACCCUGACGGCCAGCAUUAAGGCACCCUCUGGCCGCGAUGAGCCCUGUCUCCUCAAGAGGCUGCCCAACAACCACAUCGGCAUCUCCUUCAUCCCCCGGGAGGUGGGCGAGCACCUGGUCAGCAUCAAGAAGAAUGGCAACCAUGUGGCCAACAGCCCCGUGUCCAUCAUGGUGGUCCAGUCCGAGAUCGGUGAUGCACGCAGAGCCAAAGUCUAUGGCCGUGGCCUGUCGGAGGGCCGGACUUUCGAGAUGUCUGAAUUCAUCGUGGACACAAGGGAUGCAGGUUAUGGUGGCAUAUCCCUGGCAGUGGAAGGCCCCAGCAAAGUGGACAUCCAGACAGAGGACCUGGAAGAUGGCACUUGCAAGGUCUCCUACUUCCCCACUGUGCCCGGCAUUUACAUUGUCUCCACCAAGUUCGCUGAUGAGCACGUACCUGGGAGCCCGUUCACCGUGAAGAUCAGUGGGGAGGGGAGAGUCAAGGAGAGCAUCACUCGGACCAGUCGGGCCCCAUCUGUGGCCACUGUUGGGAGCAUCUGUGACCUGAACCUGAAAAUCCCAGAAAUCGACAGCAAUGACAUGUCGGCCCAUGUCACCAGCCCCUCUGGCCGCAUCACCGAGGCAGAGAUCGUGUCCGUGGGGAAGAACUCGCACUGUGUCCGGUUUGUGCCCCAGGAGAUGGGCGUUCACACAGUCAGCGUCAAGUACCGCGGCCAGCACGUGACCGGCAGCCCGUUCCAGUUCACCGUGGGGCCACUGGGAGAGGGGGGCGCCCACAAAGUCCGCGCAGGAGGCCCUGGCCUGGAGAGAGGAGAAGCAGGGGUCCCAGCCGAAUUCAGCAUCUGGACCCGGGAAGCCGGUGCUGGUGGCUUGUCCAUUGCCGUCGAAGGCCCCAGUAAGGCCGAGAUUACGUUCGAUGACCAUAAAAAUGGAUCGUGUGGAGUGUCUUACAUUGCCCAGGAGCCUGGUAACUACGAAGUGUCUAUCAAGUUCAACGAUGAGCACAUCCCUGAAAGUCCUUACCUGGUGCCAGUCAUUGCACCCUCGGACGACGCCCGCCGCCUCACUGUUAUGAGCCUUCAGGAAUCGGGAUUAAAAGUUAACCAGCCAGCCUCCUUUGCUAUAAGGUUGAAUGGGGCAAAAGGCAAGAUCGAUGCGAAGGUGCACAGCCCCUCAGGAGCCGUGGAGGAGUGCCACGUGUCUGAGCUGGAGCCAGACAAGUACGCCGUGCGCUUCAUCCCCCAUGAGAACGGCAUCCACACAAUCGACGUCAAGUUCAACGGGAGCCACGUGGUUGGAAGCCCCUUCAAAGUGCGGGUCGGGGAGCCUGGACAAGCCGGGAACCCCGCCCUGGUGUCCGCCUAUGGCGCCGGGCUUGAGGGGGGCACCACAGGUAUCCAGUCUGAAUUUUUCAUCAACACCACCCGAGCAGGGCCGGGGACGUUAUCUGUCACCAUUGAAGGCCCGUCCAAAGUUAAAAUGGAUUGCCAGGAAACCCCAGAAGGCUACAAAGUCAUGUACACGCCCAUGGCUCCUGGAAACUACCUGAUUGGCGUUAAAUAUGGUGGACCCAACCACAUUGUGGGCAGUCCAUUCAAGGCCAAGGUGACAGGCCAGCGUCUGGUCAGCCCUGGCUCAGCCAAUGAGACCUCGUCCAUUCUGGUGGAGUCUGUGACCAGGUCAUCGACAGAGACCUGCUAUAGUGCCAUCCCCAAGGCAUCCUCAGAUGCCAGCAAGGUGACCUCCAAGGGGGCAGGGCUCUCAAAGGCCUUCGUGGGCCAGAAGAGCUCCUUCUUGGUGGACUGCAGCAAAGCCGGUUCCAACAUGCUGCUGAUCGGUGUCCAUGGGCCAACCACUCCUUGCGAAGAGGUCUCCAUGAAGCAUGUGGGCAACCAACAAUACAACGUCACAUACGUUGUCAAGGAGAAGGGAGAUUAUGUUCUAGCUGUGAAGUGGGGAAGGAACACAUACCCGGCAGUCCAUUCCACGUCACGGUGCCUUAAAACGGUUCUCUCAAAUGCUGGGAGGAGUUCUGGUGGUUGCUUUUGUUGCUUGUUUGUAACUUGUUUUAUACAAAGUUUUCCUCCAGCUUGUUUAUGGGUCUGAAACCCCACCCCAAAAACAUUGUCGUUCUAAAGUGCCUUGAGAAAUAAGUCCUAGACUUGACUCUUUAGGAACGCAUUGGGGACUGUUAAGAAAUACAGACUCAUGCAAUGGGCUGAGAGGAUUUCCAUGCUCAUUCCGGUCAGAUCCAGAUCUGACCUCUUGCUGGCACCCAUCGCCCCCUGCAGACAGACCAAGGUCACUCGCAAGAUUGCCGUUCCUAAAGAAUGAAAUUGGCUAGCCCGUUUAUGCAACAAGACUGGCAGGGAGGGACAGGGCAAAGAGGCCACCUACUUUUAGGCUGUCACUUAGAAAACAAGGUGACUUAAAAAUCCAGCUUCAUCUCUCCAGCGCCCUAUCACAGAGAAGGAUCUUGUUUCGACAUGACCCAUCUCCACACUCCCACCUGCCCCAUGGCCUUUUUACACGUCUCAGAGGGCAGCGGUACGUGGCGGCAGACUGCCCUCAGUGCCUCCUAGUGCCUCUCCCCUGGUUCUGCUGAGUCUUCCCCUGCAAAGUUGUAACAUGUGCCCCAUCUGGGCAGCCACGUUUUGCUUUUAUCUUUAAAGGCCCUUGAAGUCUCUGGGUCCAAGGAAGUUCUGCUGUGGCAGGCAGCUCCCUCCUGCCAAAGAUCCCUUUUUUUAAACCAACUCGAGGCUUUGUUCUUAACACAUACUCCAGCCGUUGUCAGUCUGAUGAGUCUUGCCAACACGCUCGAAGGGACCGCAGGUGGGUCACUGUGUCAGCACCCUCGUCUGCAGAGGCCUGUCAUGGGACAGAACAUUCCAAACCCACCUCCAGUCAGCCGUGGGAUCACUUCUGGAAAAGAAUGAUAGAUAGGAAAGAAUGGAACUCCUGCUGAUCUUUGGCCUCAAAAUCAGGGCAUGGCAGAGGGGGUGGGAAGGACAGCGGCAGCUCCUAGGUGGUCUUCUGUUGUUGGGCAGAAAUAGUGAAAGCUAUGUAGCUGACGGUGGCCCUGUGUUCAUUUGGCCCCGACCGUGUCCUCUGAGGUUGUUUGGAAAGCUGCGUGCAGGUGCAUAAUUCCAGAAAUGGGGUGUAAGGCGUUUUGCACCCCUUUCUGCAGACCUGAGCUGGCUUUGGAAUAAAGUUAAAGCCUAUGGGGACUCUGCCCAACUUUAGGGCCCAGGGGUGUGGUAUGGUCUGGGCCGGCAGACCUUUUUGAUUUGCUGCUCCGUCCUGAGGAAGUGGCUGCCCUGGUCACGAGCACCUCCACGGGUGGGACGGGGAGCGAGGCAGAAGACUGUCACUGAGACGCAGCAGCUGGGAGCAGGUGCUGGCAAUAGCCCACCUCUGAGAAACCGGGGCAGCCUGAAGCCCCAUGCGAAAGGGCCACAGGUUUUGUAAACUGGGACGUGGAAGUGAAACUGGAAUCAGAUGCCGACUGUAAAUUGUACCUUAUAACUUAUUAAAUGUUUGCUCCGUCAAGCUCC